UAAUGUCGUAUCACUUUCAUAAUUCAUUCUGUUUCAUUCAUUAAUAUAUGUUUUUGUAUUAAUAAUUAAAGUAAAAGUAAAAUUGUCAUCUCUUAUUAACUUCCUUUAAAAUGUCUGAAUAAAUUAAUGCAAUACCAAAGUUCCUCUUAUCGCACACAGUUGUAUCUGACGAUAACUAUAUAUAUUUCAAGUAAUAAUAGUUUAAAUAUAUCUAACCUGCUAAAUUAAUACCAUGAACAACGAAGAAAGUAUUAUAUUAGCUAAUCGGCAGCAUGGAAAAUACUUUAUGCGUUUUUUAAAUGUUUUGCCAGCGUCUCUUUCUUCUCAUGAUACUACUAGGGUAACCAUAGCAUACUUUGCAGUAUCUGGACUAGAUGUUUUAGGCUCCAUUUCUACUAUGUCUCUUGAACUUCAAAAUAGGAUAAUACAGUGGAUAUAUAGACUUCAAGUGCAUCCAGAUAAAGAUACGGGUGACAUGUCUGUCUGUGGGUUCCAAGGAUCUUCAACUGUGAACAUAGAUUUCAAUUCACGGAAUAAGUUGUAUAGAUGUGGCCAUUUAGCGAUGACGUAUACCGGCCUCUGUAUUCUACUGGCGUUAGGUGAUGAUCUUUCGAGGGUUAAUAGAAAAGCAAUUAUUGAAGGUGUAAAAGCGUUACAAACUGAAGAGGGUAAUUUUGCUGCAACUCUAUCUGGCUGCGAGUCAGACAUGCGUUUCGUGUACUGCGCAGCGUGUAUUAGCUACAUACUGAACGAUUGGUCCGGGUUCAAUAUUAAAAGUGCUACGGAUUAUAUUAUUAAGUCUAUAGGGUACGACUAUGGAAUUGCGCAAUGCCCGGAAUUAGAGUCACACGGCGGGACAACAUUCUGUGCUUUGGCAACCCUGAGUUUAACUAACCAGCUAGACCAAUUAUCAGAGGCCCAAAUCGAGGGUCUUAAAAGGUGGCUUCUUUUAAGGCAAAUAGACGGUUUUCAAGGGAGACCUAAUAAACCGGUUGACACCUGCUACAGUUUUUGGGUUGGGGCGUCCCUAAAAAUUUUGAACGCAUUACAUUUAUCGGAUUACGCGAAUAAUCGUAGUUAUGUUUAUGAAACUCAAGAUAUUGUUGUUGGUGGAUUUUCAAAAUGGCCGGACACGUGUACGGAUCCGAUGCACACGUAUUUGGGCUUGGCCGGUCUGAGUCUUAUCGGUGAGAGUGGUUUGUUUGAAAUUGUACCUACUUUGAAUAUAAGUAAACGGGCACACGAGCAUUUAAAGACAUUGCAUGAACAGUGGGCUAGUUCAUAGUUUUAAUAAUAUGUAUUUUAGACUGGUUAGGAGAUUUUGGACGGGAUAAUUUAUUAAUUUAGAAUCGUCAAGUAUCUGUGCGGACAUUAUCUGCGAUGUAUGUGAUGAAAUUAAAAUAGAAUGAAAAACAUUUUGAAACAUAAAAAAUAUAAUGAUGCGUAGCGAAUAGAACUAUUUAGUUAACCCCUUUUAUGAGUUCGAAUAGCUGCCACACCGAAUCUGUUUCCGCACAGAAUUACUAGUAAUAAUUGUUUUCAAAUAUUUUAUGAUGGCAACAUCGUACUACGAAUAACAAUACGAUAUGUAUGUUAUAUAUCCCUUAAAAACUUUAUCAUCAGCUCUGUCAUAGGUGUGAUAAAGUAAUAAAUUGGAGUCUUCAAAUAAUAUUUGUAGUAAUCAUAUUUUAGAGGAAAUUUAUUUUUUACGCUUUACACGGUAGUUUAAUUUUAUACAUAAUAUCUUAAAUAUUUUGUCGUUCAAGUUGGUAGGACAUAGGCUACAAUAUGACAUAUUAUUUUAAAAAAUCCUUUUGAACCUUUUCAAAAUAUAAAAGACUGGGAAAUGCAUCAAUACGGCCCUAGACGUGUUUUGUGCGAUUCUGUCGAUCUCCUAACCAAUAUAAAAAUCCCGGUGCUGCCAUAUAAUAACAGUGUUGUCAGUCCACAAUAAAAUUUUGCCUACACGCUCGAUUUAUUGUUGACUCAUGUUAUAUUUUGCAAUUGUUAGUACUUAAAGAGUUUAGAUAUUAGCUAGGUGCUAAAUUAUAUCGUAGAAAUGCGAACAACGAUUUUUUUUUACUUUUUCACAGAUUCAUUUUUUUGAGAUAGUUUAAGUCGUGCCAUAUGUGACGGGCAUUUUAAGGAAGUAUUUAUAAAUUGCACAAUUUUAGUCUAAAUUAUACAAGUUUAAUUAUAGUGCAAAAUAUAUAUAACGCACAGGGUGUCAAUCAAUUUGUAAUUUAAGUGUGCAUAGUAAUGUUAAAUACAUAUUUUUGAAUGUUCUAGAAUAGGAAAUUGGUUUAUGGUACACAUUAAUUGGCUAAUAUAAUAUGUAAUUUAACUCCUAUAAAAUUUGGUCCUAAAAAAUAUGUUUUAAAAAUGUUAAAAAUGCCAUGAGUAUGUUUAGAGAAUUGUUAUUUUGUAUGACUGUCUCUUUCCAAUAACUAAUAUUAAAAUAAGACAAAAAGCUUUUACAUGUUACGCAUUCUUGAUCUAAAUGUCACUUUGUUUGACAGAUUCGUUGGUAUAGUUACCAGAUCUUUAUUAAAAUAGCCGUAAGUGUUUUCUAAAUAUGUCGAAAAUCAUAAAUUAUUAAUAUUUUAAAGUAAUAUUUGGAUCUGGUUAUUAAACAAUGAUCUACUUACUAAUAUUCUAACAAGUUAAGUUAAAAUUCUCAUAUUAAACUUUUGUAGUUGCUUUCUUGGUUAAACUGGUGUUAACAAAGAGGGCGCUAUUAUAAAUAAGUCGUAAACCUGAGCGCUUUAAAUAUAUACAAUCCGAAUAUGACGAAUCUAUUUAUUUUUAAUACACUUUACCCGUUUCAAGACGUAUAUUUAUUAAAUGGAGUUCCUUACAGUUACUAGUAAACUAGUCGAUCUUAUCAUAUACAAUAUGAUUGUUUUGUUUCUGCUUAAGAAAUUGUCGGUUGAGUGAAAAUUUUAAUUACUACUUUAAACCUCAAAUUUAUAGUAUUAAAAGGGUGUCUCAUUUGUUAUCAAUGGAUGAUGAUAAUAAAUUGGAUCGAAAAUAUUUCGACUCGAGGUACCCAACAUUUAGUUUUUUACCAACUCUUCGACAGUUUCAUAGAUGGCGCUUAUAAACAUUUACAGUUAUAUCAAAGGUUAUUUAAAUAACAUUCAAAUUAUAAUAAUUAUCAAUUUAUCAUAUUCAAGGCAUUGUCGACUUUGUGAUGUCUUUGAAACAUUACGUCAUUUUAUAUUAUUUAGUAUUAUUAUACAAUUUUAUUUCCUAAUUUUUUAUUAAAAUACAAAGUGUUUAAUUAU